UAAUGAACGAGCUCACUGAUGGUAUUCUUAUUUCUAUUUUAGGGGAACUCUUAAAACGAAGAGAUUCCAUCAAAAUAGUAUUCUUCAUUGAAUUUUCAUAGCUGUUCUAUGCUUUUUUGAAACUAAUUGCUGUAAUAAGUAUCUUAACAAGUACAUCAGAAUGCUAACUAUUUUAUUAUUUUCUUUUGUUACUAAUAACUGACAUUAUAUGUUCAAUAGUAAAUUUAAUUGCUCUUGGGAAUCUCUAUUAUUGUGACUAUUAAUCAAUAGAUAGAACCUUGGAAAAUAUAGAGAAUUAAAGAAUAUUAUUGUAAUACAAUAAUGAAGCUUAUAUUGAUUUUAUGACAUUGUUAGAAGCCAUUUCAAAUAGAUAUUAGUUGCUCUAUAAUAUAAUAGCAUUAUGUUAUUUAGCUUUGUCAAUAUAUGGGAUAUAUAAUAUAAUUGAUUAAAAAUGUAAUUAUGAGGAUGGCAGUGCAGCAACUGCAAUUACAUUUAUAAUACUAAAUUUACUCUAUUUUCUAAGAAAAUUGUACUUGUUUAUAAGAUUAUAUAAAAAGUAUUAAAUUUACAAUAUAAUUGUAUAAAUAUAUUAUUAGAUUUUAGAAUGUAAAUGCUUAAUAAGAGGAUGAUUGUUGUAUUUGUUUAUAAUUAUUAUCUUAAAAAGUUGCUUAAUUAUAAUGCAAACAUAAAUUUCAUCUUAUAUGUAUUUAGGAAUGGUUUAAAACAAAAAGCACUUGUCCUAUUUGUAAAAGGGAAUAUGAAAUAAUGUAUUCCCAUAAUAAUUGA